UCCGCCCGACGUAAAAACAAUUCAACCAAAAGAUACAAUGGAAAAGGUACUCAGAAUGACUCUCACUGCUGUAUUAUUACCUAAUUGGCUUCUGUUCGGGUCAGGCUCAGUCUGGUCUAUUUGUUUUUAAUUUGAAUGCGAUUGCUGCUAUAAUGUUUUCCCUUUAUUCUCUGUUUUUUGUCUUUAUUGUUGUCCUAUCUUGAUGACUACUCUCUAUUUGGCUUUAGAAGCUCGCCUUUAGUUUUGGUUAUUUUUUUAUCUUAGUACUGUUUUUCUUCAAUAAUUUUAAAUUACAAUUCAUUGUUCAAACUCAAUUUGCUCGGCUAUUUCUUAAUUUGAAGAUGUAGGGUAACGCUUUGAAAACCAAAAAAGUUUUUUUGAUCUUUGAUGUUUUACCAAUUUUAUUCAAUAUAAAGCUAUUAAAUAUGGAUAUAACCACUGUGCUAAAUGAGGUCGACAAAUCAAUAAGCAAUUUAUCCCUCAACGUUGAUAAAUUGAUAUCCAAAUCAUUUAAUGAGCGAUUAAGUAGUUUCAAGAAUAACAAUGAAAUCACAAAUACUAGUUCAGUUUUCUUGCAAUCUGCUAAGUUUUCAAAUGAUUAUUACUUAAUCCUUAUUGAUUUGAUCUUAAACUAUUUAAAGAUUUUAGGCAUCAACACUAAAAAUCAUAAAAUUAACCAGGAUCUAGAAAGGAUUCAAUCCUACAUCUCUAGAUAUAACAAAUAUUCAAAAUCAUUGUCUUCAUUAAAUAAUCCUCAAAAUGUUAAUAAAGCUAAAGAUUUCUUAUCCUCAAUUUUAACAAAUAACACUGCUAUAAGUUCAUCCAAUUUUGACAAAAAUCAAGACAGACAAAUAUCUAAAGAUAAAAAGGAUAACAAUUCCAUUAAAAACACUCAAACUGUUAUUUCAAAAGAUGAUUCAAAUCAAAAAUCAAAAUUAAAGUCGAAAUCAAAGUCGAAAUCUAAACCAAAAGCAAAAGCAAAAUCUAAGACUCUGAAUGAUUCAAAAAACCUGAAGGAAAAAAUCUCUUCAAGUUCGGCUCAAACUAGUAAUUCAAAAAUAGCAAAAAAGAAAUCGAAAAAGCAGAAAUCGUUUACAAAAUCCUGAGAUAUUCAUAUUGAAUUUUAAUAUUGAAAAAAAAAAUAAUUGUUUCAUUAAUUGAAUUAAUAAAAAUUAUAUACUAUGAAUUAAAUCCAUAUUUUAUUUAUUGUUUUUUAA